AUGAGGGACUUACAUAAGGCCGUUGUAGAUUCUUCGUUCGUCGCUACGUUGUACACCAGUGAUUCGGAUAAGAUUAUGAGGUACACGGACGAAGGUGAGACGACUGAGCUGUGUAAGUGGACGGUCGACCUGUCUUCUCUACCGACCUUCCGCGAGAACGUGGCUGCCCGCCAGAACUCUGUGGGUGGGCCCCAGAUGGGCGGAUUCUAUACAGAAUUUGAGCUGGGCUUGGAGCUGGACAGCGCCGAAGUCCGUGGAAUUGUAUUGUUUAACAAUCAGGAAUGGGGAAGGUUUGCUUCUGGUUUUCCUGCUUCCUCUUCUACCUAG